AUGGCAUCUGUCACUGGCGGCGUGUUCGCCAUUACAGGGGGUGCGUCCGGGAUUGGCGCCGCCGUCUGUCGUCUACUAGCUCAGCGCGGAGCCGCGACGAUCUGGGUCGGGGACAUCUCCAACAACCGAUUCGAGGAACUGAAACAAUGCAUCCACCAGGAGAACACUGCGACCCAGCUGCACUGCCAGACAUUGAACAUCACCUCGUCGGCCGAGGUAGAGAAUUGGAUGCGCGAAAUCAUCGCAACCUGCGGCGACCUCCAUGGGGCCGCCAAUGUCGCGGGCAUUGCCCAGGGAGCGGGCCUCAGGCAAGUGCCUACGAUCCUCGAAGAAACCGACGCCGAAUGGUGCAAUAUCAUGAGUGUCAACUUGGACGGCAUCUUCUAUUGCACCCGCGCGGAGGUGCGUGCCAUGAAAGGCCUUCCCAGACGAGAUCGCAGUAUUGUCAACGUGGCCAGCAUUGCGGCUUUUGCGCACACCCCCGAUGUCUAUGCGUAUGGGACAUCGAAGGGCGCUGCAGCUUAUUUUACCGCCUGUGUGGCACCAGAUGCAAUUUCCAUUGGAAUCAGAGUCAACACAGUUUCUCCAGGUAUCACCAAUACUGCGCUGCUUCCGCAAUUCGAGCCAAGUGCUAAAGGCCUAGAUGAGAUACGGCAAUUAUACGAUAAGCAUGGUCUGCCGUUGAUUGAACCUGAGGAUGUGGCCAGGACAAUUGUGUGGUUGCUCACCGAGGACUCGCGACCGGUGUACGGAGCAAAUAUCAAUGUUGGCGCACCGAUCUGA